GGGGGUCUUCGGCUACCGCUCCCGAGCGUGGGCCUGGGGGUCCCUAUUCCCUGCGCUCGCAUCUCUAGCCCGCCGCUUUCGGGACUCUCAGCCUUCUUUUCCCUUCCCUCACGGCCGGCCGGCACCGCAACCAGGCCAAAAGCAAUAACUGAGUUGAAAGGAGCGCCCUGAGACAGGUCAGACGGCUCCGCCAUACGCGGCCCGCAGCCACAGCAGACCCCCUAGCCGGGUACGCUGGGAGUUGGCGUCUCAGCCCAGCCAGGCAGCCAGGCUCGGGCGAAGGGCGGGGCCAGCCCGAGGCGCGCAGGCGCACACCGCCUCCCAGGCAGCAUGGCGGACGCAGAGCCUCAACCCAGCAAGAGAAAGCGCGAGCUGGACUUGGAGGAGGCGCAGGCCGCCAGCACAGAGGAAAAGAAGGCUGACGUUGGAAAUGGUACCUGUGCUCCUGUCCGCUUACCGUUCUCCGGCUUCAGACUGCAGAAAGUGCUGAGGGAGUCCGCGCGGGACAAAAUCAUUUUCCUACACGGAAAGGUGAAUGAAACCUCUGGGGAUGGGGCUGGAGAGGAUGCCGUUGUGAUCCUGGAGAAGACGCCAUUUCAGGUGGAACAGGUGGCUCAGCUCCUGACAGGCAGCCCUGAGCUCCAGCUGCAGUUCUCCAACGAUAUCUACAGCACCUAUCACUUGUUCCCUCCAAGACAACUGAGUGAUGUAAAGACGACCGUGGUUUACCCCGCCACAGAGAAACACCUGCAGAAGUACCUGCGCCAGGACCUGCGUCUGAUCCGAGAGACGGGAGAUGACUACAGGAACAUUACUUUACCCCACCUGGAGUCCCAGAGCCUCAGCAUCCAGUGGGUGUAUAACAUUCUCGACAAGAAGGCUGAAGCGGACCGGAUUGUUUUUGAGAACCCAGAUCCCUCUGAUGGGUUUGUCCUCAUCCCUGACCUCAAGUGGAACCAACAGCAGCUCGAUGACCUCUACUUGAUUGCCAUCUGCCAUCGCCGGGGUAUCAGGUCCCUACGCGACCUUACUCCAGAGCACCUGCCGCUGCUCAGGAACAUCCUCCACCAGGGGCAGGAAGUCAUCCUGCAGCGCUACCAGAUGACGGGAGACCGCCUGCGAGUGUACCUGCACUACCUGCCCUCCUACUACCACCUGCACGUGCACUUCACCGCCCUGGGCUUCGAGGCCCCCGGCUCAGGCGUGGAGCGCGCCCACCUGCUGGCCGAGGUGAUCGAGAACCUGGAGUGUGACCCCAAGCACUACCAGCGGCGCACGCUCACCUUCGCCCUCAGGGCUGACGACCCCCUGCUCAAGCUCUUGCAGGAGGCUCGGCAAAGCUGAAUUAACUCAAGAAGAAAAGCACAGAUGUGUGGGACUAGGGGAGGAGUGGGGACAAGAUUUUUUAUCUCCAAGUGAAUUUUCUAAAAAUGUGUUUUGUACCGGCUUAUUCCUAGUAGUGAAUAAAGUAGUGGGCUCACUCAG